UAAAUGAAGCAAUCUGGCAACCCGGUGAGGAAGGAGAAAACAGCAAAGGCACCAAGAAAGGAAGAAACGACAUAGAGACUUUACUUCAACUUAGCAUAGUUAAAUUACUAGCAGUUUAUAGAAACGUUAUAAAUGAAUAGGAAAGCUAUAUAAGCUCCGGUUCACACGUAAUAACAAGAUCCUCCCUGUAAAAUUUGACUGAAACAGAUUUACACAUAUUAGCUAGCUAAUUUAGCCAGAUAGCAUAGAGGUUAGCGUUUUAGCUAACACAUCAUUCCUGUCUGCCUGUCUUAAGUCGUUUAAAUUCGUAAUAGAGAAGACAACAAAGCUGGAUUGUAUUCCGAUGCCUCCAGAAAUGACGAGGUUAAAUGCAUUGUGAUUUGCAAUUCCCACUCACAUGGAAGGAUAGAAACCCUUGGCUAUCACCUCCCAUGCCGUGGAAACGUCAGGAUGAAGAAGACGUUUAGCCUUAAGACGUUCAGAAAAUCGUUCAACAUCAAGGGCAAAGAGGAUGGAGAUUUUGUGAUGCUCCAAAAGCCGUCGUUGGCCCCCGAGUUCACAAAAGACGACUCUCUUUUUGGAAGUUGUUAUGCCAAAGAGCUAGCUUGUGACCUCCAUAGUGAGGACACAAGGGCACACAAGAACAGAUCCAAGACCGAAGGUCUUAUGGGGUCCUUAAAAAGGAGACUUUCUUCCAAGCAGAAACCUAAAAGUAAAGGAGGGUCAGCAUCGGUGGGCUUGGGAGAUGAUGAUGACACGUUCUCGUCCUCUUCAGUACCCAUAAGCUUUAAUGAAGCCAAAGCCCAACGUCCUUUAAGAUCAGCUUCUCUGCGGAGUCAUCACUACAGCCCUUCCCCGUGGCCCAUAAGAGCCGUUGACCCUGAGGAAGCCUGCAUUAAGAUGGAGGUGAAGGUAAAAGCCAUGGUUCACACGCCUAGCUCCAGUCCGUCCCUGAACGGCAUGAGAAAAGAAUUCCACGACAUCCAAAUGGAGGGGCUUUUUGAUGAUCACAGUGAAUCUAUGAAGAAUUUAGAGCCUCCAAACAGUGACUUGCAUUUAAACAUGGAAGAGCACGUGCCUGUAGUUAUUGGACUUAUGCCUCAGGACUACAUCCAGUACACCAUGCCUUUAGAUGAGGGAAUGUACCCCGAAUCGUCCCCUUCGUUGUGCUUGGAUGGCACCUCAACAACAGAGGUGAUGGAACAAGUCAAUGACGAAUUGUUGAACGCGGAUCAAGGCCACGUUGAACACGCUCAUUUAACAUCGGAUAUUCUCAUGGAGCAUUCUGUGACCGGAAUUGUACUUGGUACUCCGGGAAUAGUCCUUCAAAAUUCAGGAUCUGAGGCUCCUUCUCUUUCGCCUUCGCUUUCCCCUGUUUCUGGUGGCGAAAUUCCAAGAACACAUUCCGGAUUUGGUGGUGCCGAUUCACAGGUCGCUGAAAGAAUGAGGCACCAUCUCAAUUUUGACCCAAAUUUUGCUCCUGGUGUCAGCAGGGUAUACGAUUCAGUACAAAGCAGUGGACCAAUGGUUGUCACAAGCCUUACAGAAGAGCUGAAGAAACUGGCCAAGCAGGGUUGGUAUUGGGGACCUAUAACGCGAUGGGAAGCUGAAGACAAACUCAUUGACCUUCCGGACGGUUCUUUUUUGGUGCGCGAUAGCUCAGAUGACCGAUAUCUUCUCAGUUUGAGCUUUCGAUCACAAGGCAAGACUCUUCAUACCAGGAUCGAGCAUUCGAACGGAAGGUUUAGCUUUUACGAACAGCCUGAUGUAGAAGGUCACACGUCCAUAGUCGACCUCAUCGAGCUCUCCAUUAAAGACUCUGAAAACGGCGCGUUCUGUUACUCCAGAUCACGCCAGCCAGGAUCUGCGACGUAUCCGGUCCGACUGACCAAUCCCUUAUCUCGUUUCAUGCAAGUGCGUUCGCUGCAGUACUUGUGUCGGUUCGUUAUUCGACAGUACACACGGAUCGACCUGAUACAGAAACUACCUUUACCAAACAAAAUGAAAGAUUAUUUGCAGGAAAAGCACUACUGAACUGGGACACAGUAGUAAAAUUGCACUUUUGGAUCAAGUUGAUGUAAAAUGGUUUACAGACAUUUUGUGGAGUGAUCCGUUAGGUUUGUUUUGUAUCAAAAGCAUUAGUUUAUUUCAUCUUAGUCAAUUUGUUGUUGCUCAGAUUCACUCUAAAGGUACACUUUCGUUAUGGAUCUAGUGGGGAACCUGACAGUCGAAGUCUAGUCAAAAAUGUUUGACGAACAUUAGUCACUAAUUCUCUUUUGCUCAAAAUCAGCGAUUUAAACAGCGAUUGCUGUUAUAACACGUAUGACAUAACUAAAGUUCCAUAUAUUUUAGUCUAUUAAAGUAAAAGUCCAUCCUGACACUCAUUGCAUACGCUAAUAUUUAUAUAUUAGUAUAAGGUUCAAAUGAUUUGAUUGAUGCUGUAUGUAUAGGUUUAUACUGUGAAAGUAGAGGUACUUACAGAUGUUUAAUAGGGUAACAGGGACAACAGUCAAACAAGAGUCUCUCUUCUCACUCACCAGUUUAUUUUCUUCCUCUUAGUGAACACAGACCACUGAAAGUUUAAAGAAGAAUUUCAUUCCAGGAUAAAUCUUAGACAUUGCCGAAGAUGAAAAAAAUGAUGUUCAUGUUGUUCAGGGAGGAUUUUUUUUUUUUUUAAAGGGAGGGUGAUGAUAAAGUCAAAAUAAGCUCAAGAAUCAGAAAAUGCUAGACAUGACAGACUGAUGUCAGACUAUUAACCAGCCUUUAAAUCCAUGUGUAAUUAUUUAAUUGGCAUUCAUGUCACACUACUUGCUCCAGGUCUGGUAAUACAUAUCAGUGCAAGGGCGAGAGGAUUGAUUAAUGCAUUAACAAAUACAUCAAUCUCUUUUAAUUAAAACAGCCUCGUCGAUGCUUAGCUUUAUUUUUUUUGAUGUGCUAGUUUUUUUUCCUAAUAUCCCUCCCCUAAUUUCACGUGAAAUGACCAUUUUUAUGUUGGCGUCGGUACUUUCAUUUAGCUGAAUCAAGCAGAUUAAUUAAAUCGCUGUCCAAACGUAAUACCUUGGCUUCAAUCAGUGGCGGACAAAUAGCUUUUAUUCAGGCAAUAAGUUCCCUUAUAGAUAUUUGAUUAAAGUGUGUGUGAGGAUGAUAGGUUCCUUGCUCCUGCUUAAAUAGUCUGUAAACGACUAAAAGGUUUCUUGUGAAAUAGAAAUGAACACGGUGCGUUUUGCCUUCGAAAGCAUGCCAUUAAGCUCUGCGACCGAAGUCACCUUUUCCGUUUAUCAUGCUUUUAUAUUCGCUUUCCCAUUACUGUUCAGUUUAUUAUUUAAGAACCAAGGCCAGAUGGUCUUCCAUCAUCUCAAUUUGUUUUGUUACCUUGUUCGGGACUAAGAAUAAUAAAGCCGACAAUAACGUAUCUUCACCGGCAGCUACGGACAAAUGUUUGUAAACGGCUAAAUUUAGUGUCUAAUUCCGUCACAUCUGAUUAUUUACGCAGAAAUAAUCGAGACUGCACCUGACGCUCAGGUUCCUUGAUUAGCACCUCCAUACACUUUACCAAAUCUCUGCAACAACAAAUUAUCUAACAAAUUUUCUACCACUGCAAAUGCACAUUUGUAUUAGGCAUGCACAGAUAAUCGGUUAUAUACUACAGCAAGAUAUAACUCAUCCUAACUCAUCUUCUUUAAUCAUGGAACGAAAUAUCAUCAAUAACCCCACGUCACAUUCAGGUGGAGGCCGCCCAGGGAGGCCGAAUUAAGUCUGCCUCGACGGAUUUGAGAGCAAGCCUGUGAUCCUGUUCUGAAGAUAUUAGAUAAAGAUGGCAAGCAGAACUGUAGCUCAGCCUUUAUCUUUAAAAUCACAUAACCAGUCAGCUAUGACAUCAGCACAUGCCUUAACAAAUUGUCACAUAUCCAACAUGCAGGUCAAACAAACAUGCCAAGGAUCUUGUCGUGUUUAAAGGGAACAGAUGAAGAAUGCUGUGUUUUUUUUUGUUUGUUUUUUUAUGUGUGAUUUUUUUGUGCUUCCUACAGUAUUUCAUCAAAUUGUUUUAUCACUAUCAACGUUGUGCGUUAACGUCUCUCGGUUUUUUCCCCCGAACGUUAUCGACCUGAUAUAAAGAAGCAGUUGCUGAAUGGUAACUUAAUAGAUGAAUUACUUUUGUUGGGAGAAACAAUUCUGAAUCCUGGUGAGUGAUGUCAUUCACGAGCACAGCUUUAUAAGAUGUGUUACUACAAUAAAGUCAAAUAAAGUCA